CAAGACAGACGCAUAAAAAUAUCUCUGCCCGCCUUAUCAACAAUCCUGGUGGUAUGUGAUUGGUGGUGGAUAGAUUUUUAUAGCCAGUACAUGACCUAAAAUACUUCCCAAACAUAUAGUAUUGUUGCCAAACAAGCCCUGUUCCUCAUUUUUGAUGAGCAAGUGCUGAGAUUGUUUGAAGAAGUAAACACCAUGGCAGCUUCAGCUUCUUUCUCAGUGGCAACUGCCCAUGUUCAUUUCAAUGCUAUGCCGCCAUUGAUAGAGCUGCCAUUAGCAAAAGCCACAUGUUCUCGUGCUUACAUGCCCAGUGCCUGCGCCUUGGAAGUUUCUUAUUCCUCCUCCUCUUCAUCCAACAAUGCUCUUGUUAUAACCCCCCUCACCAAGAAGAAGAGGGUGUUUAAAUUAUUUUCAUCGAUAAUUACCCAAGAAGGAAUGCCACUUGCAGCGAAUGAGGAGGAAGAGGAGCCACAAUUAUCUGGAGAAGAAACAUCAGAGUCAGAAUCGGGACAAGAGGCCUCUGCAGAAUAUACCCAAGAGUCGGAGCCUCCUGUUGGCUCUAAAAUCUAUGUGGGCAAUCUGCCUUAUAGUUGUGACAGUGCUGAAUUGGCUGGGUUAGUACAGGAGUAUGGGAGUGCAGAGAUUGUAGAGGUAAUUUAUGAUCGGGAUACUGGGAGAAGUCGAGGAUUUGCUUUUGUCACAAUGAGCAGCCCUGAGGAUGCUAAUGCAGUCAUUGAGAAUCUUAAUGGGAGAGAACUUGGUGGUCGCUCUUUGAAAGUAAACUUGCCAGAAAAGCCAAGGGCGAGAGAAAGACCAAGUUUCAACAGCUACGCUGAUAAGGAACAUAAGGUGUUUAUAGGUAAUCUUGCAUGGAGUGUAAAUGAUGAAAUACUGACGGAGGUGUUCAGUGAACAUGGUAAUGUGGUGGGUGCAAAAGUCCUGUAUGAUGAAACAGGAAGAUCCCGAGGUUUUGGGUUUGUUUCUUUCUCAUCACAUUCUGAAGUUGAAGCUGCUGUUGCUUCACUAAAUGGAACGGAAUUGGAGGGGCGACCAAUGCGAGUGGAUGUAGCAAUUGGGAGGCGCAGUUAACUAAGUAAUUCAUGAGCUGACAUAAAUUGCUCUAAGGCAUGAUUUAUACUCUCAGAAAAGCUAGCAAAUGUGCAUAUACAGCUGAGUAAAUUGCCUUCAGACUUUGCCUGAGAUCGUUAUGCUCAAAAUAAAAUUCACUUAAAUAUUUUCAUCUCUUUGUAAUAGAAUUUUGCAUAUAUUGAUUAUUAACGCGGCAACUUAGAUAUAGAAGUACCAUUGGUGGAGGUAGUAUUGAUCCGCAUAUAUCUUAAUCAUCUCGUAGAUAAUUGAAAGAAUAUUAUGAUUGUUAUGGUCAAAGAAAAAAUAUCCUAAAAAUGGCUGGUUUUUUAGAUGUAUUCUUCAAAAUGCCAUCUCUUAGGAUUUACUUAUCUUCAGGUGUAAAAUCAAUAAUAUCUGCAAUAAAAAAUACCUUGAAAUUC